AAAAAGUACAUUUUUGUUAGUGCCCUGGCGUCUCUGUAGGGCGUUACAUUUGGAUUCUUGACUCUUAACUAACACAUUGAAGAGUCUGCAUUAAUUUUAUUUUUUUUGCCCACAUACCGGUUUAUGUGAUUAUGGCAGCAGUUUCACACCGUUUCGUAAACCGUUUUCUCCUUCAUGGAGUGCGAGCUAGGAGUUCCAACCAGAGCCUCUGGUGCGCCCAGCGGACUUGGUUACAUGGAAACGCACGGAGCCAUAGUGCUAUCUCAGAUAUUCCUGGUGUAAAAGAGAGGACUUUGGUUGCCGUAAAGCCAGAUGGUGUGCAGAGGCGUCUAGUUGGUCAGAUCAUUAAACGCUUUGAGCAGCGAGGCUUCCGAUUGGUCGGGCUGAAGAUGGUGCAGGUGUCUGAGGAGUUACUGGACCAACAUUAUGUGUCUCUUCAUAAGAAACCUUUCUAUCCCAGCCUACUGCGCUAUAUGACCUCAGGUCCCGUGGUUGCCAUGGUGUGGGAGGGGCACAAUGUGGUAAAAUCCACACGUAUGCUUGUGGGAGACACUAACUCAGCUGAAGCUAUGCCGGGAACUCUACGAGGAGACUUCAGUAUUCAUGUUAGCAGGAAUGUUGUUCAUGCCUCUGACUCCACAGAGGUGGCACAAAAAGAGAUCUCACUGUGGUUCCAGUGCUCCGAGUUGAUUGACUGGGAAUGCUGUGACCAUGGCAACAUCUACCAUCCAUGAGCGACGGUGUGUGUGAAAUGUGCAGGCAGCGUGAAUAUCAGAUUAGUGCCUGUACCAUAUGCUGACGUGCUCCUUGGGAGUUUAAAAGCUGGAGCACUUAAUAUGUUGCUUCUGUGUAAAUUAUUAUGAUUGGAAACAAUUGCCUACAUUUGUGCAAAUAGUUUUUAUCACUGUAAAGAGCUGUAAACAAUUCUGUCUUUUAAAGGCUCUGUAAUAAAUAGCAAAUUCUGUUAAUUUUGUAAUUAAAUUUAUGUGAUUAUUGCAAUUGGAAACAGUUACCUAAAUUAAUGCAAAUGCAAAUAUAGUUUUCAUCAUUAUAAAGACAGCUGUAAAAAAUUAUAUAUUUUGAUAGACUUUUGAUAGACUAAUAAAGAUGUUAAUUCAAAUGAUAAUGGUUUUCCAUAACAAUGCCAAAACACAGUCAUUUGAGUCUAGAGGCAGUUGAAUAUUAUAAUUUCUAGGUUGCUGAAAAACAUUUUAAAGGUAUAUUAAAAUUUUAAACUACAAAAAGUACAGCGAUUCAGAGUCAAAAUAAUCACACGUUUGUUUUUUGUUUUUUUUUGUUUUUUUUACAGUCAAGAACAUCCUUUUAUUCAAUCAGUUAAAGGUGCUGCUCUUUUCAAACUGUUUUUCUUAUUAUGGAAAAGAAAUUGUAAUUAACACAUGCAUUUCACCAUGAGCUCUGGAGGGUGUGUCUAGAAAGAGGGCAGCUGCUUUUAGGGUUAGUGAGGAAAUUGGGGGACAGGGCGAAGGCUGCUGGGAGAUCUAUUCUAAACGCAUCCCAAUGCCCUACACACUUAAAACAAAACAAACAAGCCAAAAAGGAAAUAGAAAAAAAUGUUCAAAGACGGAUGGUCAGUGCCAGAGAGGGACAGGGCUCUGUGAGGGGUCUUUCCACAGCCCUAUGGCUUGCACAUACUCCGUUCUCUCAUAAUCAUGGCUGAUACUGCUGCUGGCUUCAUGUGCUCAGGACAAGGAAAUAUUUGCAUAUUUAUCUGGGAAACAGGCAGGCUGCUGUACUAAAGCCUGAGUUUUGCUUUUGCUGGUGGCUUUUCAAGGCGUCUAAAUUGUCACUAUCGUCCAUGUUCUGCAGCAUCUAGGACCACGUCACUUUGGUCUGAGGGCUUGGCUCAUAAUUGUAGAUUACGCUGGGAUUUUGGUUGGGAGUUCCAGAUUCUUUUACUUCUGAGUCUGUCUCAUCCUUGGCUGGACCCAUUCCGUUAUAAGGUGCUUAGUCGUUUCAGGUAUUUUUCCACUAAGUGUUUAAAAUAGCUGGUCUCGUACAACCACUAAAAAGGUGCAUCGUCUACGAAAAUUCUCAGCGCAACAUCUUUGCUGCCUAAAUAUGCAAUAUUGACAAAAAAGCUUAAAACAAAACAAAACCAAAAGAUUAAAAAAAAAAAAAUUUGGUAGAAAAAUUAAAAUAAAUAGAAUCAAAACAAGAGUUACAAACCUAUUCUUUCCCAGCAGCCAGAUUCUUUCCCAUCACCCAUCAGAGGACUUCCUAUGUCAACCAGUUUCUUCCACGACUUCAUUCUAUGCAAUUCACUGCUCCCUGCUGGAAUCUGUCCUCCCUCAUGCACCCUUUGAUUGGACAUCCCACCAGAGCCCAUUGGCGUAACUUGUUCACUUACAUUAACUGUUCAAUGGAGAAGCUGAAGAGAUCGGUAUGGUAUACAAUGUGAAGCAUACAGACAAGAAUAACAUGUGAGCUAACUGCAUUCUGCUCAGACAAACGUUUUUGCAUUUUUUUUUAAAAACCCCUCCAUUCAGUGAAAAUGGGGUAGGGGACAGGAGAUGGUUAUGCGACUACAGACUACUCCAGUGUCCAAGAGAGGCAGAAGACAAGAGGACAGGAAGGAAAAGCAAGACAUAAAUUUUUUUUUUUUUUUUUUUUUUUUUGUCUUUUUCAAUUUUCUUAAUUAUCAACAAUAAAAAGAGGAACUAAGUCACACCAAUUUCCUUUAGUACUAUAUAUACUGCUUUGAAGAGCUCAAAGGAGAGAAUAUAGGAGCGGGUUGAAGGGGGGGGCUUUUCUGAGACGGACACUCAGGGUUACAAGAUGGAGUCUGUGAACAAAAGGCACUUUUUAGGGACAACCUUUAAGAUGCUCUGAAUCUAACACUACAUCACGAAACAAAUAUUUAGAGUAAUUUACACUGGGAACUGGCAAGGGAGGGGGUUUUUGUCAGGGGAGGGAGUGGGGUUCACUUUGUAACUCAAAACAUUUUCAGCUCCAGCUAUCAAAAUAUUGUUGUUUUCUUUCUACCAGUGUUUGGCAUGAGAUGGGAGUCUAAAUCAACUAUAGCUACCAAUAAAUUCACAUCACAUCUCCACAUACUCACACAUUUUCCCAUCUUAUUUUUGUUGUAUCAGCAGGGUUCGAGGGCAUUUGAGCUGUUUUAAAGCAUCUCCCAAGAAAAGGGAAGAUCUUGUCAUUUCAUUUGGAUGUGUUUUAAAAAUUCUAUGUACAAAAGCCAACAAAGUGCUAGCUUUGAGUGGGCUAAUGUCUUUAACAGAACUGACUGUGUAUUGUCGUGGUUUAGAACUCUUGUGACACUGGCCUAUACAAAGCAGUGGCGGCUGUCAAGGGGGAAAACCUUUCUUCUAUUCAAUAUUAUACCAUAGGCAAUGGAUAUCUUUGAAAACAGGAAAAUUCUAAUUUGCUUUUUAAGACUUUGAAUGCCUUUCAUUUCCCCUCUAAAGUAAAAGGUUGGGAGAAAAAUGCCUUUUGUCACAACCUCGACUAAAAUGAACCCCUCCCCCUAGUAAAUACUAAACAAGAAAUAGAGUAAUGCAUGAUUUUUCUAAAAUUUGCUUUAUGAUAACACUUUUUUUGUUAUUUAUGUAUAAUAGAGUUUGAAUGUACUUUAUGCCAUAAGAAGCACCAGUUUCAUUUAGUGAUAUAUAUUCUGAUGGGUUGCAUCAGCCAUGUGUUUCUUCAGCCCUCCCAAGUUUUGAGAACAAAUCACUACAAAUAAACAUUAAAAAAGCAAAAAAAAAAAAAAAAAAAAAA